UUGCUCUUGCAAAGUGUACUCCAGUACCCACAGCCUGUGGGUGAUGGAUUGGACGAGGUGACCCGUCUGCGAAUGGAGGCGUGGGCCAAGCUCCAGGAAGAGGAGAAGAUUCGUCUGGAGCGGGAGGUGGAGCAGCUGGCCCUGAAGCAGGGUGUGUGGGACUGGGGAGACCUGCUGUGCUCUGCCUUGUGGCUCUGGCAGCACUGGGCUGUUGCUGGGCUCCUGCUGCUUCUCUUGGCCUUGUGGUACAUGUGGAGGAAAAGGAGCGUGAGGAGAGACAUGCAUCAAGAUGUAAACGAUCGCGAGAAUGAAAACGAAGCCAGAUUUUUGGAUGUAAUCGAUGAAGGUGCUGGAAAUGAAGAUGGCGAUGUGGGAAAUGAAGGAGAAGAAGAUGAUGAAGAUGAAGACAAUGGAGUAAAUGGGGAGGAAAACAACAAUCAUGAUGGCAAUGUACAGGAAGUCAACAACGCUGGUGCACAUGAAGAAGGUGAUGUUGCAAAUGGAGACGAGGAGCUGGAUGAUGACGAUAGAAUUGGAAGAAUGGUAAUGGAGCGCAUCCAGUGGCCAGUGCAGGACCUGCCUAUAAGAUGCCAGUGGAUAAGUCUCCUCAUGGAGAAUUUUGCAUUUUACUUUCGGCACGUCUUGUCCGACACCUUCUACCCAGUCCUGCAAGAAGCCAUUGGGGUGGGCAGUGCCUUUGAAGGUUGGAGUCCCCGUGAGGAGGAUGUUGUGUACCAGGUGCUGGUACCCAUGACUCCUCCCCGAGGGCACAGCUUCCACCUGGAGCUGGACACUGCAGGGCAGAGGCGCGUCAGGAACUUCCGCGUGCGUGUGCAGCAGGAGUGCACCUGCGGCAGGGCGCAGCGGGGUAAGGACAUGCUGUGCUUCCUGCACCAGCCCGAGGAGGAGCUGAGGACGAAGCAGGAUCCCAGCCUCGUUGACACGCUGUGCACCGACUCCUACCUGGACGUGCACAAAACUGCCCGCUGGUUCUACCAGCUGGUGAGAGCAGUCUGGCCGGCUUUGCUUCAGUCCCACAGUUGGCAUUUAGUGCUGCUGCCCUGCAGACGCUCCUGCCAAUUCCAGGUGACCAACGGCAGGGAAAGCUUCCGCAUCGAGAUGCUCUUUGGGGUGAGACAAGGCGACUCGGACGUGUUUGUGAGCAGCGAGCCUCGAGAAGCCUAUACCUCAAGCACAGUGUGGCCGGAGAGCUACGCCGUGGCAGAGAUGAAGUUCUUCAAGUACAUCGCCAGGCGGGCCCCCUAUGACAGCCUGCACCUCAAAUGCCUGCAGUUCUUCACCCGUCUGCAGCUGGGCUUGGGCUUUUCCACCUACACCAUCAAGACUAUUGUCAUGCACCUCCUGAGCGUGGUACCCGUGUCACAGUGGCGCAGGAGACAUUUUGUGAGGCGAGUGCUGGACAUCAGCGAGAGCCUUCGCACAUGUGUGCAAAUGAGACGCCUCAACCACUUCAUUGUGGGCAACCGGAGGCUUCCUGAGGGGAUCAGUUUGCCCCCAGAUGUCCAAAUGGCCGUGUAUUACAAUCUCUUCCAUGACCUGGAGCUGGAUCCCAUUGCCCACUCCCAGGCCAUGAGUCAGUACGUGGAUCUGUACCGGUGGCUCAAACGGAUCCUUGACAAUGAAGACUGA